AUGACGUUGUCUUACAGAGAGGGUGGUGUUGAACUGAGGGUGUUGAAGGAGUCUGUGAGGGUGAGUGUGUGGGUGUGGGGGAGGGAGGGAGCGUUAGUAGCAGUGAUGAGGUUGUCUAACAGAGAGGGUGGUGUUGAACUGAGGGUGUUGGAGGUGUCUGUGAGGGACGCUUCCACCUAUCAAUAUAUUUUUGGUAAAACUGUAUUUCCUCUCUUCGUUGAACUGAAGGUGUUGGAGGAGUCUGUGAGGGGUCCUGCGAUGAGUAGUGUUGCAGCUGAGGGUGUAGGAGGGGUCUCUGAGAGUAUGUGUGUGAGGUUUCAUAACAACGGGAAGGCCGUUUCAGAUAUCAGCCUUCAAAUUCUCAGUUUGAACUCUCCUACAAAAAGAGACGACAGCAAGGAUGGCGCCAACGCAAAUGACGCCACCGACCGUAAGACGGGAACGGAGGAGAAACAGUCAGCAAGCUCGAAUACACUGGGGAAACUCGGCAAGAGGUUUUUCAAAAGCAGGAGCGAUGAGCACAGGAGGAUAAAAGCUGCUUUAGGAGUGCUUGUCGGCAUCCUCCUGGGAGGUGGACUGUUUGUUGCCCUCCGCUUCAGCUUCCAGUACAGCUACAGUGUUGCAGGAGGGAUAGCAGGGGCAGCAACUCUUGUCAUGUGUGUUCUACUCGCUGUGUCAGUCCGGGCUCGGUGUGUGACAGCUCUGAUGAGUGUCAGUAUCUUCACGGGCAAGGGUCGUGCGGCGUUCUUGUCCAUCAUUGGUGGCUUGCUUCUGAUGGGACCGGUUACCAACAUCGUUAAUAAUACGAAUGAAGUUGCUGACACAAUGGCGUGCAUCACUGAGCUGGCCUACAACCAGAGUCAGAUGUUGCAACAGAGGCUUGAGGAGCCACUGAAGCAGGUCCAGGACACUCUCCUCGACACCGCCAGUCGGAUUAGAGAAAUAACCGACAAGAUCAGUGCAGCUUUCGGUGGGCUUAAGCAAGGAUUUUCUGCUGUCAGUGGUGGACUAGACCAGGCAGCAAAUGCUUUUCAGAAAGCCACGAGGGUCUGCAGAGCAUCCUACGGUUCUGUGUUUUCCAAGUGUGCCAAUGUCCUAAGUGGUGCUGAGCGGUCCUGUCGACGGGAGAUUUCAUCGAUUACAGAUAAACUGAAUCCUGGUAGUGUAGUGGAUAAAAUCAAAGGUGGUCUGAAAGGAUUUAUCUUUCGCAGGAAACGAGACGUGGAAUCAGAUCCUAUCAAAAGCAGACAUACAAGAGCCAUAGCGGAUGACAUAUGCAGUGUCCUUAAAGUUGGGGAAUUGUGUAAUGGACUCAAAAACAUCGACCUCUGUUCACCACUGUCAUUGGCAGACAACGUCAUAACUGACGGAAUAAAGAAGAUUUUGACUGAAAUAAGAAAGGUAGAAGGACUCUUCAAAUUCCAACUUAAAAACGUAGGGGUAGUAUCAGGCAAUGCCAACUCGUCUAGAAGCGCUUCGGAUAUCUUAGAUGGUAUUAGAACGGACCUUAAAGAAAAACUCGAUGUGGCGUACUUUGUUGUCAACGUGAUCAACCGAGUAUUGUCUUUAGUGAUUACACUGGUCCUGAUUCAAGCAUUUCUCUACAGCAAGAAUUACUUAUCCAACCUCCGAUUUGACAACAUCUACCUAACGAGACAGCUGAAGGCGCUUGAUGCAUCGAGACAGCAGAACAAGGUGAAGGAACUGCUACCAUUGAAGAGGCACGAAAAGAAGAAAUACAUUGACUCAACUUCGUUUCGGCUCUCACCUUCAGAAUUCCGCACUUGGAGGAAUGGCAUGGUGACAGUUCUGAUGCAUGUGCUUAUUGCAGCCUUAUUAGUUCUGUUUGAUUACCUGUUCUAUUACAUUCUGUAUCUGAUUAAUAAACAUGGUCGCUUUGAGUUCACAUUAUCGGGAAUGUCCAAAAUCCAGUUGAAAGUUGAAGGGUCUGGUCUGUUGACAAAUAUCUUCAAAACGUUUAUCUCUGGCUUCAAUAUAGAGCAGAGCUACGACAGUUCUCUUGAUAUUCAAAAGUGCCUGCCAAAGCCAAGCGUUCCUGAUCAGAACAGUCUUUACGUGCUUCUUGUUCUGUACUUCCUGGCCAUAGCGUUUGUAGUAUUGCAAGCAUAUGGGCUACGGUUGCGACAUAAGAUUGCAGCUUUCUAUUACCCUGAGCAAGAAACUGCACGAGUGGUGUACCUAUAUCGACUAAUUGAAGUAAAGCGGCAUAGUUUUAUGGACGAUCUCAAGAAGAUGAUGUCGGACCGGUCGGUCAAGCCCACUGAGGUCAAAGCAAAGAACGAAUCGAAGAAGUCACAAUGUUGGUCUCGAUUACCUUGUUUCAAGAAGGUGGCAAAGGUUAACUGUGUGCAGUGUGAAGAAGAGACCAAAAAUGGUUGGCAGUGCAAAAGUUCAGGGUGCCAAGCUGACUUUUGUAAAACUUGUUACAAGGACAAUGAUAAAUGCUGUCCCCUCUGUCACACCAAGUAGGCUGGGAGACGUGGAUAUCACCUCUCAGUGGGCUGUACGGGAGAGUGAGUAAAUGUGGUUUUUAGCCACCUGCAGCAAUAUGUAAGCCAUGUCACAGUGAAUGACACGAAGAAGAGACUUCUGUGCACGUUUGCACUCUAAACCACGUCUUCCAACUGUCAAGCAAAUGCUUCAAAUAGCUGUCGUAUUUUGUGGAAGAAGGAUUAUCAAUACUCAUUUGGUACAUAUAUUCCAUCUAACCCAGCCUGUAACUUCUGUAAAAUACUGUAGCGAUGCCUAUACACGUUAUGCUAAGAUUGUAAAGUAUUGCAAGUGAGUUAGUGAGUGAGUUUAGUUUAGGCUGCACUCAGCAAUAUUACAGCUAUAUGGCGGUGGUCUGUAAAUAAUCGUUGCAAGAAGCAAACGAAAUUUCCAUUGUAGGAAAACAGUGACACUUCCCGAAUGUAAUAUGUAACUUUGUACCUUACUUUUUAACAGGGGUACAUUGAAUAUCAUCCUCUUUUUUUCAAUUAACUUCCAGUUAUAUAAUGUCUUGUUACAUGUAUAUAUUUCUUUUCUUAUUGUUUGAGAUCUUACGAAAUAUGUAUAUUAUUUUACAUUUUGGUUGAUGUAAUUCCUGUUGUGUAAUGCUGAUCUACCAAUAUAUGCUUUGAAAUAACUUCUUGCUCUGCUUCUCUGAGUCUUUUGAACAGUGUAGUGAAUUAUUUUAGGCUUAGUUUUUGCACAUUGUGUUCAUCUAGCCAUUUCUACAAGGUUUAUUUGAAACCUUGCUUGUCACGUAUGAAAAAGGUUUCCAGUAACAAAACGAUCAUACUUACUAGAGUUUAGAACUUGAAUUGGCUGUCAAAUAUUGCCCGAAAUAAUGGUACCAUAAAUUGUCUCCCUUUAAGACAUGUUCAUCAAAGGGAGAUAAUCUAUUUUUCGGUUGCUACCGCGUGAACUUGGUGUGUUUUGGCAUUCCGCUGUUUAUACUUUUAAAUACAAUGCUUAUACCAUUAGCAGCACCUCGAGUGUGUCCAGUGCAAAGAUGCUGCUUUGCCUAUAUUUUCAGGUCGGUGGAGCCUCAGUAAGCUUGCCACAAACCUUAAACCAUAUUUCGAAACAACUGAUUUAAUUUGAUACCACCACAUAAAACAAAUGACAUCGAUUUACCAAGAUUCCACUGUACAGCUACUUGUAUAUGUCACACAUGUUUUUAUUUUGUUAUCAUGAUAUGUUUACGCUAUAUUGAUAGUAAGGUAUGUUCUCUUAUCUACAAACAUAUCUACAUACAACUAUAUUAUUGUUAUGUCGGUGCAAACAAACCUGUUGCCUACAGUAUGAAGAACACCAUGGGAUGUUCUAAUCGCAUCAUCACAUCUCCCGACGAUGUCAUAAAAAUAUAUUUUUGUAGUAUUUGUUAUUACUAAGAACCAUGUCUGUCAUCAAAUCAUGGCACGAUGAAGUAUAUAUUGGUGUCUUCUGAAAGUAGUUUAGUACUUUUUGUAAGAAAUGCAUAAUAAUGCAUUUUAAAUACGAAAUUUCUGAAAAAACCCGAUAUAUAGCAUUUAAGGAGUUCCUGAUGGAAAUUUGUAACGUUUUUAUUUGAGACGGAUACUCUUGUUUGUGUAUACAGUUUUUGUACAUUUUACCUUCGAUGCCAGAUCUUUAAAUCUGAAUAAACGAUAAACUGCUCAAAUGAUA